AUGGGGCAGCAGGAAGCCCCAGACCUCUUCCAGUGGCUCUGUUCAGAUGCCCUGAAGCUCUGCUGCCCCUCAGGCACCUUCGGGCCUUCCUGCCUUCCCUGUCCUGGGGGUGCAGAGAAGCCCUGUAGUGGCUACGGGCGGUGUGAAGGCGAAGGGACUCGAGGGGGCAGUGGGCAUUGUGACUGCCAAGCCGGCUAUGGGGGUGAGGCCUGUGGCCAGUGCGGCCUGGGCUACUUUGAGGCGGAGCGCAACGCCAGCCAUCUGGUAUGUUCGGCUUGUUUUGGCCCCUGUGCCCGCUGCUCAGGACCUGAGGAAUCGAACUGUUUACAGUGCAAGAAGGGCUGGGCUCUGCACCACCUCAAGUGUGUAGACAUUGACGAGUGUGGCACAGAGCGAGCCAACUGUGGAGCUAACCAGUUCUGCGUGAACACGGAGGGCUCCUACGAGUGCCGAGACUGUGCCAAGGCCUGCCUGGGCUGCAUGGGGGCAGGGCCAGGCCGCUGUAAGAAGUGUAGCCUUGGCUACCAGCAGGUGGGCUCCAAGUGUCUCGAUGUGGAUGAGUGUGACACAGAGGUGUGUCCAGGAGAGAACGAGAAGUGUGAGAACACCGAGGGCAGUUAUCACUGCAUCUGCGCCGAAGGCUACAAGCAGAUCGAGGGCAUCUGUGUGAAGGAGCAGAUCCCAGAGUCAGCGGGCUUCUUCUCGGAGAUGACAGAGGACGAGCUGGUGGUGCUGCAGCAGAUGUUCUUCGGCGUCAUCAUCUGCGCGCUGGCCACACUGGCCGCCAAGGGCGACUUGGUCUUCACUGCCAUCUUCAUUGGGGCUGUCGCAGCCAUGACUGGCUAUUGGUUGUCAGAGCGCAGCGACCGUGUGCUGGAGGGCUUCAUCAAGGGCAGAUAAUCCCUGCCACACUGGCAGGAUCUCCACCCAGGCUGCCCCCAGAGGUCGGACCUUUCUCCUGCCUGGACUUGUGAAGCAGCUUGCUUUGUUUGGUGAGAGUGGGGUAAGCAGCCACACUCCCCAAGUCUGGGCGGUUAGGCUCCUGGGGUGAAAAGGUAGCCCUUAAGGUGGAUGCCAUGAGAUGGCCUGGGAGACUGCACAGGCUUCACAAUGUGUGUGAAUUUUUAAGACAAGUGUCUCCUCGUGGUGGCUGCUAGUGAGCUUUGGCCCCUGCCCAGGAUGGGGGGGUGUUGUCUCUGCAGGGGUGGCCCAUCACAGUCCACUCCUGCCAGCUGCAUGCUGCCAGCUCCUGUUCAAUACUCACUCCUGCCCCUCAGCCACUGAUUUAUUUAUUUAUCUCAGGAAAUAAAGAAAGGUCUUGGAAAAUAGA